GGGUUGUCAUUUUUUUUUCCUUACCCCACCCCCUUCCCUCUGACUCCCGGCUCUGAAAAGCCAGGCCUUGCGGGAGUCUGUCCGGAGUUGCAAAGUGACCGAGUCCUCCUCCGGGUGCAGUCUGUUCCCUCCCGCCGCCCACCUUCCUCGUUUGUGCACUCCUUUUAGAGACGCAGCCGCCUCUGCCACCUACUCCGCGUUCCCGCGUCUCCUCGGCGCUGGGAUCUCCCUCUUUUGCAUGAAUUAAGGGAGGAGGACACACAUCAGCAUGAAGAGACGUUUGUCAGCUUCCGAGAUGCAGAACUCAUCGUCACUGUUGGAGAAGCAAACCGCCCCAGCAAAUGGGAACGGGGCCCUUCACUCAGAGGAUGGUUCUGACAUGGAGGAAAAUGACUUUAGCUGGGGAGACUAUUUGGAAGAAACGGGCACCAGGGCUGCACCACACGCAUUCUUUAGACAUGUGGAGAUCAGCAUCCAGAAUAACUUCCAGCCAGGAAUGAAGUUGGAGGUGGCCAACAAGAACAAUCCAGGCACCUACUGGGUGGCCACGGUCAUCACCACCUGUGGACAGCUGCUGCUCCUGCGUUACUGUGGUUACGGGGAGGACCGGAGGGCUGACUUCUGGUGUGAUGUGAUCAUAGCGGAGCUGCACCCUGUGGGGUGGUGCACACAGAACAACAAGGUGUUGAUGCCCCCGGAUGCAAUCAAAGAGAAGUAUACAGACUGGACAGAAUUCCUCAUUCGUGAUUUGACUGGUUCUCGGACAGCCCCUGCAAGCCUUCUGGAAGGUGUAUGUAUUGCUGUUUCUCACCUACUGUAGCCGUGCAGAACCCUGGUCCAGUGAUCUCAAACCUAGUGGCACGUUUGCCUAUAUCCUUCUGCGGAUACAUGCGGACACUGAUGUUUUUAUUCCCACAGCCUAACUUCCUGUUUCAUACUGAGUUACAUAGGUGAUGGAUUUGAGUGGUAUUGACUGCUGUUUUCCUGUGUUAUAAUCAGUAAAUGGGAAAUGUUCGAGUGAAUUUUAAAAUUGCGUUUCAGGAUGUCUUCCCAUUUUCCUUAAGCCUUAUCUUGUAGGAUCACUUUGUGGCAGGUGAUGACUAAGCAUGUUUAUGUGCUUCCUAUGGUCUCCUGGAGCCCGUUCAUAAGGGGCUCCACUCAUUGCUCAUCUCGGGUGCAUAACAACUCCAUGAUCUCCCACGUAUGUCU